GCUCCGGAAACGCGCCGCGGGGCUGCUGGGCUCAGGCGGGCGCUGGCGGCUCCGUGGCGUUUCCUGCCACGCCGGGCCUGCCUGGGCCGCGCCAGCGCCGCUCCACCGAGGGCUGCGCGUCGGCCGCCACGGGGCCAGGCUCUGCCUGCCCCCCCCAGGGUCUUGCCCUCCCCCAGGAUGGACCAGGUCCUGGCUGGCCCUCUUGAGAUACCUGAGGCCCAGGAUUCAGUGACAUUUGACGACGUGAUACAGCACCUUACAAAAGGAGUGGUCGAGACUGGACACCGAGCAGAGGACAUUGGCAUAUUACAUGAAUGUGUCCUCUGUGGGAGGAGUUCCUGUUUUGAAUCCUACCUGGUGUGAGGACACGUGCUGCUGGUAUCUGCCCCAUCCCUUAAUGCAGAUUGAGCGAAGCAUUCUGGGUAGCAGUGUUUUGUGGUUCUCAUCUCCAAACGCAUCUUGGUGACUGAACAGCAGACGAUGGGUGAAGACGCCCAGCCACAGGAGAUGGCAUCCACCAGCUCCCCACGGGCCGGUGAGCCCAGUCCCGAGGUCAAACAGAACAGGGACUCCGAGGGGAGGGGAGGGAGCCUUCAAAACCUGCCUAUAGAACAUCACUUUGCAUGUAAAGAGUGUGGGGAUGCCUUUCGGCUUAAGGUCCUCCUUGUGCAGCACCAGAGAAUUCACAGUGAGGAGAAGGGCUGGGAGUGUGGUGAUUGUGGGAAGGUCUUCAGGGGGGUCUCUGAGUUCAAUGAGCACCGAAAGAGCCACAUGGCUGCAGAGCCCCAGCCCGGCCCCAGCCGAGCCCUGGAAGAUGCCAUGGAGAAAAGGGAGCAAAUGGAGAGGGAGGCGAAGCCUUUCGAGUGUGAGGAAUGUGGGAAAAGGUUUAAGAAGAACGCAGGCCUCAGUCAGCAUCUGCGUGUCCACAGCAGAGAGAAGCCCUUUGACUGUGAGGAAUGCGGGCGGUCCUUCAAGGUGAGCACCCACCUCUUUCGCCAUCAGAAGCUCCACAUUUCCGAAAAGCCGUUUGCCUGUAAGGUGUGUAGCCGGGAGUUCUUGGACCGCCAGGAGCUUCUCAAGCACCAGCGGGUGCACACCGGCCACCUGCCCUUCGACUGUGACGACUGCGGCAAGUCCUUCCGCGGCGUCAACGGCCUGGCCGAACACCAGCGCAUCCACAGUGGGGCCAAGCCGUACGGGUGUCCCCACUGCGGCAAGCUCUUCCGGAGGAGCUCGGAGCUCACCAAGCAUCGCCGCAUCCACACGGGCGAGAAGCCGUACGAGUGCGGCCAGUGCGGCAAGGCCUUUCGCCAGAGCUCCAGCCUCCUGGAGCACCAGCGCAUCCACACCGGGGAGCGGCCCUACGGCUGCGGCGACUGCGGCAAGGCCUUCCGGGGGCCCUCCGACCUGAUCAAACACCGGCGCAUCCACAGCGGACUGAAGCCCUACGAGUGCGACAAAUGCGGGAAGGCCUUCCGGAGGAGCUCCGGCCUGAGUCGCCAUCGGAGGACCCACAGUGGAGCGAGACGCUGCGAGUGCGGCGAGUGUGGCCGCGUGUUCAAGAGGCGGUCGGCGCUGCAGAAGCAUCAGCCGAGCCACCACGAUUAGAGGAGGCCCCGAGGCCCGUAGCCCCUCGGCGGGCGGCGGCUGCCCGCGUGGACGAGUCCCUAGAGGGGUAGGGCAGAGUCAAAGGAGAUGAACAGUUUUGUAGCGCUUCUAUUUUUUCUCGUCGGAAAGGUCGAAUCCAAUUUAUACCGUCACCAGCAAUUUAUAAGUGUACGUGUUUCCCAUUUUGCCUAUGGAGAGUAGCUUCUAUGACAUUCUAAUUUAUUUGGACUAGUGUGACUGGCGUAAAGUACUUUCAAGGUAUUUAAAUCCAUGGGCCUUGAAACUGAGAAAGAGAGAAGAGAAACCUGCAUGUGGGAGCGGAGGGGGGCUUGUGGGCCCUCUUCUCCAAGCUGCUCCCUCCGGGAACCAGACACAGAGCUAGUCAAUGAUGGCCUCAAUAUAAUGUGACCCCAGCUUUCCUGAAGACAAGAUAGAACCCCAAAGUUGUUUGGCCUACUUGAAUUUAUAAAUUUUUAGGGAUGUAAAUAGAAUACUCGAAUGUCUUCUAAUAUUUAAUUUAUUAAUUCAGUUAUACGUACAUACUGUAAAUCACAUAUUAUAUAGAAUAAUAUAUUAAUUUGGAGAAUACUCCUGUUUUCCCUCACGCCGCUCCACAAGAUCAUUUUAUUCUAAAUCCUCACAUGCAUCUCUAACCUCACCAUCGUCACCAACCUCGUAGCCCCUUUUGAGUCAUCUGACAGUUUCAAAGCACAUCCAGUGGCUUCUGUUCAUCUAAGCUGUGUGCCAUGUAGCACUGUGACAAUCCCUGCACAAGGCUCCCACUAGAAGUUUCCUCCCAAGCCAUAAGUACGUGUUUUGUUUUGUUUUUUUAAUUGGUCCUGUAGCUCUGCAACAUAACCACUUAAUGGGUUUGGCUUUUUAAAAUGAUUUUAAAAGACUUUUUUGAAGCAUCUGUAACUUCUCAUUGUGAGGUCAUACUCCCAGAAAUAAGAACUGAAUCUGGGUUAAAUUGCUUUCGCAUCCAUUUUUCUUAAACUAGUUUGUUCUGGUGACUUCCAUGUGCAUCCAAAGCUAGCAUCAGUUGGGGUCUGUUUCAAUUACUAGGUCUUGUCCUCAAGCAGCACUAUUUUGUUCAAGCUCAAGAACUCAAGUAUGACGUGAUGCCUCUUUUUCGGGAGCAAUAGCCUCUCCUCCUAUGGAGCCAACCCUCCGUCUUGGGCUCCGUAAAACAGGGGUGAUCACAGGACUACCUCCUAAGGUUAUUGUGAGAACUGCGACGCCACGCCUGGCCCGAAGGUGCACACUCAGUGAAGGUCAUCUGCUGUCAUCACCGUAAUUAUUGCUGUCAUUCUAUGACUCAUUAGGACAAGAACUGGGGAUGGACCCAGGCCUCCUGCCUCCUAGUCUCAUCUUCUUUCUUUCGUGCAAUGUGCAAUGACUUAAAUCGUGUUCCUGUUUUCUUGCACGCAAUCGUACGUUCAUCUCCUUUGACCGGUUGUCAAGUUACCUUUGGAUAUAUUGACUUUAUACAGUGGUUCUUUCUAUAUCGAUUGUGAUGAUCUCUUUUCCAAUUUUAUUGCUUUGCUCUUUGUAGCAGUUUUAUUACAUUUUUGUCGGGCAAGUUUUCAGUUUUACAUAUCCGAGCACUCACCGUUGUCCGUUAAGCCGUAACUUUCACUACUUCAGUACUUAGAUACGAUGAUGUUCUCUUCCAGAAUUUUAACUACAAAUGAAAAGUUGAAAGCCCUGCCCCACCAGAAGGUGGCUGCACCGGGUGGGCAGGCUGGAUGGGAAUGGGCCCAAGAAGCAGGCUCUCUCCUCAUCCAAGAUGCAGACUCUGUGCAUGUCUGUGGGCAGUACUUGACUAUCCAACCUGGCCACGCAGACACGCAAGAGAAACUUCCAUCUCGGAUUGGCCAGAACAUUCUGACUGUUUCUCAGUAUAGCCCUACCUGUCAGCAGCAGGGCUGGGCCUCAACUAGAUCAAUGGGGUGGUCCAAACGUGGUCUUGGCUGCAGCUGGCUGGCCUUCAAGCUCCUGGGAGCUUUGGCCGUGCCCGGCAUGGAUUCGGUGCCUGAGCAGCAGAUCCACCCAAGACACAUCUCGUCGAACACAAGGAGACUCACCUGACUGAUGCUGUCGUGUGGAUUGCAUCCUCCUCCUAGUGAGUGACUCUGGAACUAGAAAGAGACCGGUUUGGUGGCUUUUGUUUUGGGCAACUAGGGGGAAAUUCACCCACGCGUUCUGAUGUUACUCCUGCAGCUACACCUAAGAGGAGCAACAGAGCAAAGGCUCGGAGAGGAACCGUGCCCCUCUGAUGCCCUGCGCAUCACGGUGAUAGAAGCCCGGCCACCACAGGCCCGGGUCGUGACUUUCAGCGGCCAUGCCCAGGAGGGGCAAUAAAACAAGGGUUUGGAGGGCAACGGUGCCCUUCUGAUGGCCCAUGUGGCAUAGAAAUAGAAGCUGGUCAUCCUGGGGCUAGGCUGUUACCACCAACAGCCUCCCCCAAGAGGAACAGCAGCAAGGGCUGGCCGGAAAGUGGCCUCCGGUGAUCUGCAGAGCCCGCAGGUGGAAGCCAGCCACACGGGGGCUGUGGUGUGACUUCCCAUCAGCUGUGCCUGGGGGCCGCUGGCGGGCCCGGAGAGGAGGUGUGCCCUUCCUGAUGGGCCUACCGAGACUGAGGCAGAGCUUCCCAGCAGGCACACCUGGAGGCACUUCUCAGCCCCCAUCCUGGGAAGCAGGGUCCCCUGGUGACCCCUGUGACCUUAGCCAGAAGGUACUCUGGAAUGGCCCCAGGCCACAACAGCGGCUCUUUGUGGCAUCUCCGCCCUGCCCCUCAGGCUGGAGAGAAGCCGACAGCACUUGUUACAUAGCUGCUCCUUUUGCUCUGUGGCUUCGGUUCUUGCAGUAGUUGUGAAACUGCGUCUGAAAUCACUGCUUCCUUCUGCAUCAGUUUGCUCUUUUCAAGCUGUCAGGACAUGUUCGACACAACUGUCACUUGGUAAAGAAUUUGACAUUCACAGGGGGCAAGUCUGGCAACCUUCACUGGAAGUACUCUGCCAUUUCUUGCUUGUUCACUAGUCAUUUGUCAGCUUUUCUGAAGGAUCCAGACACAGUAUUAACUCAGAACUUAGCAUUGUCACCACUGCUCCAUUUCUCCCCCCGCCGGGAUGUGGCGUCCUGGCAUCCUGUCAUGCCCUCCUUGACUUUAUCCAUUCUCAGUUCUAGCAUUUUCUCUGAAACAAACCCUCUUCUAGAGUUAACACUAAAGACCGCAUCUUUUCUGUCACUGCGUUUGCGGGUGACGUCUGUGCUCUCUCCAGCGCAAGCCGUCUGUGGCUUUAACAUGUGUCCUGUAGUUGCGCCAAGUUCAGUUUUUGCCUCUAGUAACUUGGGGGUGGAUUUCCUUGGAUUCCGUAGGUAAUACUGCUAUGUCAGAUGCAAAAUGUGAUCAAGCUUCCUGUUGUGUGUGCGCGUCUAUGCAUUUGUGUAUCUACCUCAUUUCGUUUUUUCUUUCUAAUCACACACAUUCCUUUUGCAAGGGAAACGAAGAGCAGUUCGGUUACUUAGAAUGCCGACUCUCGUUAGAAAUAGAUCCUUUUCUUAUAUUCUGAAAGAAACCUUCCAUUGCUUUUAUGAAAGUUUUGAAUACUUGCUGAAAUUUUUAAAUGAAAGUUGUUGUUUACCAUUUUUGCUGCUUAUUAAGAUGAACUGUGUUGAUGAGUUGUGUCAUACCCACGUCUGCAUUUCCACAGUGAACCCCAUCCAGUCACAGUGCUGGCAUCCCACAUGCCCAGGGCUUCAGCCUUGUCGUGUGCCCUGGGACCCUCACCCCCUUUUUGGCCACAUUAAUUAAACCAGAACUGAACACUUGAUUCAAGGGCAGCAACCGGUUAUCAGAGAGAAGUUUCUAGUUGGUGUUGGAAGAAAGAGGGAGCCACACAGUAUUUAGAGGAGUUGACCCCACGAGUGGCGCCAGCUUGAAGAUCUCUGGGCUCCUGCUAAGCACCCCGAGGGAAUCCUGUCCUCAUUAUGUUCUUGGAUUUCUGGCAACUGCCCCCAUCAGUUCAUUCGUGUCCCCACUGUAGUGUCCCUUGACCUGAGCCAGCUUGAGUGGGUCUCUGCUUUCUGCAAUCUGUCAAGAGUGCAUUGCCUUUUACCACUUGGCUGCUUCCUGAGAAGAAUCACGCGCCUGGUUUUCCUCAUGUUCUACCUGGUUCGAGUUCCUGGCCCAAGUCCCACCUGACUGUCGUAAACACCCGUUUAAAUGUGGUACUGUAUUCUGUUCACUCAGAUGGGUAAAAAUCUACGCCUUUUAGUCUCAGUGAGUUUGACCAAUGCCUUUCUGUGCAGGUACUGUUCCUGUACGGAUCCCCUGUUUGUCCCAUGAAAUGAGUUUAAGUCAACACCCACCCUGUUGUUUAGUUUGGAAGCAUCUCGCCACUUCCAGAGAACCUGUCAGAUUGGGGAAUUGAGAAGUUCUCUGUUACUAGUAUACUUAUACUGUAUACUUCUCAUUGUAUCAGUUUAGGCGUUUACCUUCAAAACUAGAAAUGGUCUCUUUUAACUUGGCCUUCAGUGUUCUUUGCAUAUCUAAGAACAGUAGCUGUGUCUGCCCCGGUCCAUGUUUCAGUUGUUGGCGCUCUUCUCAUUCCUCCCUGAUCUCCUGAAUUUGUCUGUUUUACGGCACUUAAUAUAAUCAGCCUUGCACUAGAGCUUCGCCCUCCCUACCUGCCCCCCACCCGUUAGAUUGUGAGCUCUUAUAAGACAGGGGUGACCCUUCAUAUCUGACCCCCACCAGAUCGAGCACAGUGCCUUGCAUCAAGUAGAUGUCAAUAAAUAUAUGUUCAAUGGCA